GUCAUAGACACGUAGAUCUUAUUGUCUCUUACAAAUCGCAUUAAAUCACGUAAUCUGUAUUUUGACACGAUGAAAGAUAUUAUGUUACGUUUUAAGUAAUAACAAUAAAUUAUAUCAAAACAAAAAAAAUUAAAAAUAAUUAUGGACAGCUAUCACAUGGAAGUGGAUGCUGACGGAAGUGGAUCGCAGCCGAGAAUUACGAUCGAGGAAAAAUUUAGUGUACAAGCCUGUAAUGUUUUAGCGGAAUUGAGGAAAUCAGGCGAGCUCUGUGACGCUGUUAUAAAAGUGGAUGGACAAGCGUUUCCCAUACACAGAGCCAUCCUGUCAGCAUGCAGUCCCUAUUUCAGAGCCCUGUUCACAAACCAGAUGUCCGACACCAACAGAAGAGAGGUGACGAUAACCGGGGUGUCGGCGGAUAUUAUGAAGGUCCUCAUAGAAUACGCAUACACACGAGAAUUAAUAAUCACAAGAGAAAACGUUGAACUACUGCUUCCGGCUGCAGACCAGUUUCACGUAAUGGGUCUGCUGAAGCAAUGUUGUGAUUUCCUUUACAACGAAAUCACGCCGGAAAACGUUAUCGGCAUCCGUGCGUUUGCACGUGCCUAUUUCUGUCACCAGUUGGAACGUUCUGCAACGAAAUACAUACUCCAGAACGUCAGCGAUGUUUACACAACGAGUAACGAGUUCCUACAGCUAGAAGUGGAAGAAGUUUGCGAGAUUCUUGGGUCCGACGACCUGAAUGUGAGGAACGAGGAGCUGGUGUUUGAGGCGGUGCUGCGGUGGAUCGAUUACGACCCCGACCGGAGGAAGGGUCACAUCGCACGUCUGCUCAGGACGAUUCGUCUGGGUCUCCUCACGACACAGUAUUUCGUCGAGAAGGUCAAAGUCCACCCGUAUGUUCGCGAAACGGACACUUGCAAAUCCAUCAUAAUAGAGACCCUCAAGUUCCUCUACGAUCUUGAUAUGGAUGACGAGAAAGAAGUGGACCUGAACAACCCGCUCGCCAAGCCGAGGGUGCCGCACGAGAUUCUCUUUGUAAUCGGCGGCUGGAGCGGCGGGUCUCCCACAAAUAUGGUGGAAACGUACGACACACGCGCAGACAGAUGGAUCGUCUGUAGUUGUGUAGACGCAGGUCCUCGUGCCUAUCACGGCACUGUGGCUGUUGAUCAAGUUAUUUACGUUGUUGGGGGCUUUGAUGGGAUGGAAUAUUUUAAUAGUGUACGCGUUUUUAACCCAGCCACGAAACAGUGGUCCGAAGCUGCACCAAUGAAUUCUAAAAGGUGUUACGUUAGCGUAGCCGUUUUGGAUGGAAUUAUUUAUGCAAUGGGGGGAUUUGAUGGUCAUGUGAGGCAAAACACGGCGGAGCGAUAUAUGAGGAACACAAACCAAUGGAGUUUCUUUCAGCCAAUGAAUCACCAACGAAGCGAUGCCAGCGCCACCACACUAGAUGGUAAAAUUUACAUCUGCGGUGGAUUCAAUGGACAAGAAUGUUUAAAUUCGUGUGAAUAUUAUGAUACUUUAAUCAAUCAAUGGACGAUGAUCACGCCAAUGCGCAACCGCAGAAGUGGUGUCGGUUGUAUCUCCUACCACGGAUGUAUCUACGCACUCGGUGGUUUUAACGGCAUCACGCGGAUGAAUACAGGAGAAAAGUUUAACCCACAGUCUAACACGUGGCACUCCAUACCAGAGAUGUAUAAUCCCAGAAGUAAUUUUGCGAUUGAGUUUAUGGACGACAUGAUCUUCGCUAUAGGAGGUUUUAACGGCGUCACGACCAUUUUCAACGUAGAAUGCUAUGACGGAACAUCAGAAGAAUGGUAUGAUGCUACGGAUAUGAAUCUGUACAGAAGUGCCCUUAGUGCAUGUGUCGUAAGAGGUUUACCAAACGUACAGGAUUUCAUUCACAAAGAAAGAGAGAAAGACGAUCCAAAGAGAAAGCGAAACUAGCAUCACCCAGUUUACGUCACAGCAGAAUAACAACACCAAAUCGAAAUACUCUAAUAUAGUGCAUGCAAAGUACAACGUAUGUCUGGUGUAGUCUUCAAACAAACACGUAUAUGAUUUACAUGUGGCUAACAUGAUUAUGGGGGUAAUGGUAAAAUGUAGUUAUUGUAAAACCGUUUAGCUAUAAUACAGGCCAUACAGAAUUAAUCGCAAGAUUUUCAUAAGUAUCCCUCCCUUCAAGUUGUGUUAUCCUAUUAUAAUUUUCCUUCAUUUUUAUUUACUAUCUCCAAACAUAAAAUAAACAUCAGUGUCAUUUUCAUAAUUUUCAAUAAUAUUACUUUAAACAAAAAGAAAUAACAAAAAAGUUAAAUUUUACAGGGAUGUGGUUUUUAAGCUUUUUGUCGGAUUUCAUCUCUCUUUUUUUAAAUUUCUUUUAGGAUUUGUUUUUAGGGGUUCGUCCUCCCCCCCUCUCUCUCUCUCUCUCUCUCUCUCUCUCUCUCUCUCUCUCUCUCUCUCUCUCUCUCUCUCUCUCUCUCUCUCUCUCUCUCUCUCUCUCUCUUUCCAUAAAAUAAUAAACUGGAGCGUUGAAAAAUUACCCUUAUUUAACUAUAGUAGAGUUUUCAUCUGUUUUUAAGAUCAUUUUAGUAUUUAUUUUUAAAUGGGCAUCAUAUUCCUGAUUUCACUCCGUCCCAGGUUAAAAUCAACCUGAAUAAAAGCUUGCAAUUACUUUCAUGUGGCCUGAUUCGCAGCAUCGAUAAUUAAUCCAGUACCCCACAAAUAUAGCAGGAAAUCUUGAAUGAUUCUAGCAAGUCAUGACUAGUCAUAAUAUGUAAUCAUAUAAUGUUCGCAAUGUGUUGACAAUAAAUUCUUCUAACAGUGA